UCACCCUCACUACACGCAUUGGCUUGGCAUCCAGCAAGAACCUGCAUGCGCGGCGUUUGGUCGAAAACACUCCAGCUCCGCACGACUGCAAGCGACGAAUGCAACACUUAACGACUGCUGCCACUGCUGCUGCUGCUGCUGCUGCUGGUGCUGCUUGAAGCGGCACUUUACCACUUGCUAACAUGGCCGCAAGGUCCGCAUCCCAAACGAAGUCAAGACCGCUUCUGCACAAUCCUAUGGAUGACUUCAAAGCUAUCCUCACCAGCGAGUCAGCGCCAGAGUACCUCAAGUGGCUUCAGGAACAUGACCCAAUCCUUCACGACUACAUCGACGCCAGAUCUCAUGCCUUCGACCGCUUGAACGACACGGUGUCGCGUACUAGCAAAGCCUACGUUGAGACCGCGACAGGCGUCAAACAGCCCUUCCAUCUACCCGAAAGCUAUUUACGCAUCGUGGCGCAGAUCCUUUGGGAAGAAUACAAGAAUGGCAGACUCCCCUGUCUUGACCACGAUGGACCACCUUCAGAUGCCGAGGUGAAAGUCAUGCACACUGCCGUGGCCUUUGUGACGAAGCAAUACAUCGCCGACCUUGGUUUGCCGCUACCGACAGAGAUUAAACGGACAUAUCGCCUUGAGAAGUCGAGUCCGCUGAGCGUGAUAAGCGAGAAAGGGAACCCUACGGACGACUCAAAGGGUGCCACAGGUCAUGGCAGGAAGCGGAGGGUGAAGCGAGGCGCAGAAGGGAAGUCUGGCGCACACACCAAGCGCAAAGUUCCGCCGACGUCCGACCCGGGUGACGGUGUUCUCGAAGCGGGUGCAGAUGGCGUGCUGAUGAUCACCGAAGAGUACGCAAGGGGCUACAUUGAGCGCGCAGCAAUGUGCCACAUACCGAUCUGAAGAUGUACUUGCUUAUAAGCGAAAGUCGGCCAUGUGCUGGGCUAGUGCCGUAACUGCCACAAAAGCGUCAUGUAGUGACGACAGUUGA